AUGGAAGACAACUCUGUCAACACCCGUCCAGAACAAAGGGUUAUUGACCACAAGCAGGGACACACUAUAGAAGCACCUCAAGCUAUGUCUGACUCAGCUGUUCUUUUGCCUAAUCGAAAUCGUCCUGGACCUACUCAAUGGAAUUAUAUAGUAUAUUGCGAUAAUAAGGCAACCAUAUCAAUGGCAAAUGACUCACUACAAUAUGAACUUAAUAAGCUUGUGGAAGUGGAGCCCCACUUAUCAAAUAUCACCUGGACAAAAAAACGAUUGAUGCGGAAUAGUUUGAAGCCAGGGACGAAGAGAAUAGUCCUAAUGUCAAAUAGAGGAAGGAAUGUGACAAGAAGAGCAUAUUUAUCCAUCCCUUCGGCUUCAUCAAUUCAAAUGAUUCCAAAGAGCUCUCCACCGUUGAAUUUCAAGGUGCAGAAGAAGUUCAAUUCCCUACAAAGAUUUUGGAAAAACUUCACCAAAAUCCACUCUGCUCUUGCCCCAAGCCGAAAUAUCAAAGAAAAUUUUAUAGCGUCAUCUAACCCCGAGAGAUAA